UAGAUUUCUGAACGAUUGAUGUCAUGGUGCGACUUCGAAUCGGCAUGCAUUGGUUCGAAGUUUUGAUAAUUUUCUAAUUUUUGUAAAAAUGUCUUUAAAAUGGACUGGAGGUCAAAGUGAGUCCGGUAUUUUAAGAAAGAGUGAGUUCAAGGAGAAGAAAGAAGACCUUUUCGUGUUCGGCUACUCGUGCAAAUUGUUCAGGGACGAUGAUAAAGCCCUUCACAUUGACCAAGGCAAACACCUCAUUCCGUGGAUGGGGGAUGAAACGUUGAAAAUCGACAGGUAUGAUGCACGGGGAGCCCUGCACGACCUGACGAGGCUUGAAGCCCCGCCGGGAGGUUACGACUGGCGAGUAGAACUUACUAGGGCUGAGCUGGAUGUGGAACAGCUAUGUGAUGAGGAGCGAUAUCGUGCACUGCACACUGAUGAGGAUGAAGAGGAAAUGUAUAAAGAGGAAGAACUAAAGCGCCUGCAUGCAGCUGGUUACGGUCAGGUGGGGUUCAACUACGAUACUCCCGCGGAACCAGAGCCUCCGCCACAACCAGCCGAGGUGGAUGAGGAACCAUUCACACCCACACCUGCGUUCAGGGCCCUACUGCCUAUUGACACUGUGUUUCCUGAAACCUUAAAACAGAAUGCGAUAAUAGAGAAGACAGCGAAGUUUAUAGCAUCGCAGGGCGCUCAGAUGGAGAUCCUCAUCAAAGCGAAGCAGGGCGACAAUCCACAGUUCAAGUUCCUCAACCGAGACUCGUCCCUGCACCCUUACUACACCGCGCUUAUUGGACUUGUCAAAGCUGAGAAGUGGCCUGAAAAGAAAGUUGAAGUUGUUGAAGAAAAACCACCUGAAAAUGAAGAGUAUCUGCACCCAAGUUUAGCAUCGACUGUGAUUGAAUCUGCACCAGCCAUCCCAAGCAUCCACUACAAACCAUCAGCAGACUGCGACUACACCAUGCUGAUCAGCAAGAUGCGAGGAGAGGAUGAAAUGGAUGUCGAUGGAGAGCCACGUGGGGACGUGCCGCCGCCGGGCACCGAGCCUCCGCGGCACAGGGCGCCCGGCGCUGAGAUAUACAGGGCUCCGGUCAUGUAUACUAAGGGACCUGAUGGUAAUCAUGUGGACCCCACAGCCCCAAUGCCGUCUCAGUACCAGCAGUACGCAGCCUACUACCAGCAGUAUCAAACUCAAGAACAACAGCAGCAACAACAGGUGAAGAAGCCACCGUCACAACCCUCGCUCAAGUCCACCGGACUCAGUCUUAUGAAGAACUAUAAUACUGACUCCGAUAGCGAUGUGUCGGAUUUCGACGACAGUUCCUCAACGGAUAGUAGAGACAGAGUUCCAAUCAUCACACCGCCAGAUGACGUGCAAAUUGUUAUAGACAAGAUGGCGUCCUACGUUGCACGAAAUGGCGACGAGUUUGCUGAUAUAGUGCGCGCGAAAAAUGAUCCGCGGUUCACCUUCCUUGAUCCGGAGAAUAUUUACCAUCCGUACUAUAAGCGGUUGAUGCAACAGAAGAGGGGAAUCGAUGUCAACGGGAAGGAUAAGAAGAAAAAGACUUCUGCACCAGUAUCAUUCUCCAUAAAAAAACUGAAGGAACCGGAUCCAAUCUUACCUAAACCAGCGCUACCUUACGAAUCCAGUUCAGAUGAUGACUCAGAGAAGCCAGCAGAGAAGCAACCAGCUCAAGAGGAGUUUAAAGAACCGCCUAAAGUAUACCCACAGACAUUCCCAGCAAACAACAUCCCACCAGUCGUCAUGUAUAAGAUAGACCCGCAGUAUAAUGAUUUACCUCUAAUGAGGCCGUAUCUAGAACCAGUAAAGCCUUUACAACCACCCCCUAAGCCCCCAAUGUUACCAGAAUACAAUGAAAUGCCAAGACAAGAAGAGAUAGUAGCAAUGCCUGAACCACCCCCGCCCCCCGUUCCCGAACAAAUCCAAGAAUAUCCAAUUGUACCUUUGAAAGAAGCUCCGACUGUAGAAAAAGUGGAAAUUGUCAUUGAGAAGGAGAAAGAAUCACCAAAUAUAGAGGUACAGAAAAUAGAAACUCCACCCGUUAAAGAAACUCCUCAGAGAGACAGUCCAUUUACGAGAGAAAGCCCAUUCCGCAAAGAAAGUCCUCCUAAGAGAGAUAGUCCUUACACCAGAGAAAGUCCUUACAGAAGAGAAAGUUCAAUCAAAAGAGAGAGUCCUUACAAAAGAGCGAGUCCUCUAGCUAGAGACAGUCCCCAUUCUAGAGCGAGCCCGCACAAGAGAGAAGGGUCCCAUAAGCGAGAUAGUCCCCAUGUCAGAGAAAGAGAGAGGGACUCUCAUAAAAGGGAUAAAAAGAAGCAUAAAGACCGUAGAAAGGAGCAUCGGUCAAAAUCAGAGAGUAGGGAAUCUAGAAGGAAUGAAAGACGGAGUGCUGAGAGGGAGAAGAAAAAAGAAAAGGACAGAGUUAAAGAGAGUGAGAGUAAGAGAAGUAAAUAUAGUAAAGAGGAGUUGGAGAAUGAGAUCAUAUCUCUAGUCGAUAAUUCUGAUGACUUGAUUGAUUUGACGGGAGAUCAGUCCGAUUCUAAAGUGGAGGGCGAGACGGAAGCAGAGCGCGCGAAGCAGUUGGAGCGUCGUCGUCGCGCGGCGGAGUUCCUCAAGAAGGUCGGCGUGGACCCCGCCGCCGCCGCGCUGCCUACAUCCUCGCUCGCUAGUGCUAUGGUGGACACUUUGGAGUCUAUUCGUAAGAAAAAAGCAGAAGAAGAGGAGAAGAGACGGAGGCGAGACAAGAGAAGACAUCGUGAUAGACGAGAUUACGAAGACGAGUCUGAGCGGUCACACAGGAAGAGUAAGCGCCGAAAGUACAGAUCAUCAGAUGACAACGAUGAAUCUGACUAUGAUGGUUCAAAAAAGAAGAAACGAAAGAAGGACAGGAAGCACACUUCUAAAAGCAAACGCAAGCGCAGGAGAGAUGACCCUGAAGAAACAGAACAACCAAUCACAGUCAACAUAGACUUGACGAGCACUCUCAAAGAACUUCGCACUUCCUCGCCAACCAAAGAACUUGUACUCCAAGAUGCAGAAGAUACACAGACCUUCGCAAGACCGAAUUCUUCAGAUGACGAUCUAGAAAGAGAUAGAAGGAGAAAGAGAGAGAGACAGUACAGUGAAGGAGAGUGGUCGAGCGACUCUGAAGGAGAUUCCAAGUCAAGUGUUAGCAAUAAUGAUGAUUAAAUAAAUCAGUGACUACAUAUAUUUGUAUUAUAAAUAGUUAACUCCGAUUAGGACAUAUUCUAUUAAUUAUUUUUUAUGGCUUACUGAUGUUACUUAUGACUUUGCUACGGACACACGAUGUUUAUCGCGCAAUACUGUCUAAUGACUAUGCGCUCCGUGCGAGGCUUGAAACUAGUCGUAUUACCCUGUCAGUCGAGCGAAUGAGCCGUAAAAUAUAAUUAAAACAGCAACUUAACACCAAGUAAAUCAAGUCGAUUUUACAGUAACAAAGAAAACUAUAGUUCUUCUAACUUCAUUGUUAUAGGUCUCUUAUCAAAAUUGUGAAGUAGUAACAGAUAAUCGUGUUUUGAAAAAUUAUCGUAUGUCCUUGUGUAUAAAGGUGAAUUUUAAAUACCACUUAUCGAGUGGUUGUAGUUAGGUUUUAAUUACAAUAAUAAUAAUUGUGUUCUUUGUUUCGAUAUUAACUGAAUUCCGUGUUUCGAAAAUAGAAUUUUGGUUUAUUCAUCUUUUCUGACCCCUUCGUGGUUAGACUCGUGAUGUUUGGUGGUAAACUUAAUGAUAUUAUAAACUGCAAUAAAUAAGAUAUACUAUAGAUGGAAAUUAA